AUGUCGUCCCCACCGCCGCCGCAAGGCACUGGCGUCACAGAAGAUGAAGCGGCGUUGUAUGAUCGCCAGAUCCGUCUGUGGGGUCUUGAGGCGCAGAACCGUAUGCGCUCAGCGCAUAUUGUAGUUGUGACGCUCUCUGGCGUAGCAACCGAGGUGAUCAAGAAUGUCGUCUUGGCUGGCAUCGGCAAGUUGACGAUCGUCGAUGCUGGCAUAGUCCUUGAGGAGGACCUCUCUGCGUCGUUCUUCUUUCGUGCAGACGAUGUAGGUCAACCGCGUAUCAGUGAUGCGCCUCUGCAACGAAUCCAGCAAUUGAAUCCUCACGUGGGUAUCCAAGGUGUUGCCCACGAAGGCGUUCCAUCCCACAAAGCCUUGCAAGAACUUCGACCGAAUGUGGUAAUCGUAACAAGCGGGACUAAAGAGGAGCUUGUACAAUGGAAUGAUGCAUGCCGCAGCGCUGAUGCAAUGUUCUUUGCGUCGGCUGCACAGGGUAUGGGCGGCUUUGUGUUCUGCGACUUGGGAGCACUUACGUAUGCAACAGAGCGUCCUUCGCCGGAUGAUCCCUCGGAAAAGGUACUGAAGCGGUUUGAACAGACAUUUGUACCGCUCUCUGAAUCACUCAAGGCUCCCUGGUCGUUUCGCCCAAGUCCAGGGCUCAUUGCGACGUUAGCUCAAUGGGCUAUCAUGCAGGACACUACGCCACCGUCAACGCUGAAUGACUACGAACAAGCGUUGGAGACGCAUGCUUCCGACAUUAUGUCGUCGAAGAAUGCAAAAACUGCGAGUGUAUUUCGCCGGCGUGAUGCUAAGACGUUCUAUGCACACUUUGCGAAGGCUACGUACGACGCUGUCACACGCCGCAGCACGGCGUCGUUUGCACCGACAUGUGCCAUUCUUGGUGGUUUUGUCGCACAGGCCGUGCUGAAUGCCUUGGGACAGCGUGAAGAGCCGGUUGUGAACUGGUGUAUUCUGGAUGCAGCUAUGGGCUCGGCGGAUAUUCACUUGCUUGGUCCUGCGUCGAUGGCUCAGCCUACCGCUCUGUAA